AUGGGAUUGCAUAACCCGUUGGCAAGACAGCCGCCUUCAUACGUAAAGAAGAAAGAAUACACGUUCAAAAAAACUUUGGGUGAAGGUACUUUCGGUAUCGUUAGGGCAGCUACUUGGAAUGCAGCAGAUCCACCAAUCAAUGUGGCAGUAAAAGUGAUCGCCAAAAAGAGCUUGAAAGGACAUCAUGAAAUCGUUCAAGGUGAGAUGGAUGUCUUGAAAGGUCUUGAUCAACCACAUGUCGUCAAAUUCUUGGAUUGGUUCGAAUCAAAGGAUAAAUUUUAUUUGGUUUUCGAAGAGGCAACGGGAGGAGAGUUGUUCGACCGAAUCAUCAGUCGCGGCAGAUUCACAGAAGCAGAUGCAUGCAAUACCAUCAGAGCAGUCUUGAGCGCAAUUCAGUAUUUGCAUCAUCAUCAUAUCGUACACAGAGACGUGAAGCCAGAAAAUAUCCUAUACCGAACGAAGGAAGAAGAUGCAAACGUUGUUUUGGUCGACUUUGGUAUCGCUAGACAUCUGUCGAACGAUGACGAAGUGUUGACAAACGUUUGCGGAUCUUUCGGAUACUGUGCUCCCGAAAUCUUGUCCAAGAAGGGACAUGGAAAAGCAGUAGACCUUUGGAGUUUGGGAGUGAUCACAUACACAAUGCUUUGUGGUUAUACUCCCUUCCGGUCAGACGAUCCAGAUGUUCUGGCAGCAGAAACGCAGCGGGGCAAGAUUGAAUUCCAUGAUCGUUAUUGGAAGAAUGUUUCAGCAGAAGCAAAGGAUUUCGUCAAGCAAUGCUUAAUGGUUGACCCUAGCAAACGGAUCACAGCUGAUGAUGCAAUGAGACAUCCAUGGUUGGCCGAAAAGAAAGGAGAAACGGAAGUUUCUCACGAUAUCUCUAUUGGAUUACGUGAGAAUUACAGACAACGUUGGAAGACGGCAAUCAAUGCCGUUCGUGCUUCGACAAAAUUCAGAACAUUUGCUGCUUUGGCAGCUGAUAAUAAGGCC